AUGGAACAAGAACAAGUAAAGAAAACUAUAACAAAUGCUGCUAUCACUGAGAUAUCCAAAGAAGAAAAUCUGGCAAAAAACGACUUCAAUAGUGAUAAAAUAAAGGAUCUAAGUUACGAUGAAUUAAUGGAUUGUAUACAGAAUAAUAAACCUGUAUCUAAUGUAAUACAAGUAGAGGAUUAUGUAAUAGAGGAUCCUAAUUUGCAAAGUAAAUCACAACUAAAGACUAGAUUGAAGCCUUGGGAACAAAAUAUUGAUAUAGCCAAGAGGGAAAAUACCAUAAACAUUAAUAACAAGGUGAUAUCACAAUUAGAAAAGCAACAACUGGAAUUAGAUUUAAAAAUAGGACAGUUAUAA